AGGAAAAGCAAAACGGCCACCAAGUUUCAGCAGGAGCGGGGAAUCACCAUGACCGACGCUAGCUUGCCUUCCACCCCCACAGAGCAAUUUGACUUCUGUCCAAAGACUUCGGUGGCAGUGAAGCCUCCUGGUGCAAACCGCCGAAUGCGAAUAGCCAGACCAAACCUGUCCAGCACAACGAGGAAGACGUACAGUGGGAUGCGAGAUCGGGACCUUCAAAACUGGGCAGGGCAGCUGUUGAGGAGAAAGCUGGAUGACCUGAUCGAUGGAAGAGGGGAGCAGAACGAUGAAGAAGAUUUGGGCGCCAGAGACCACGAGAACGAUGCGGGAGACGAAGGUGGGACACAGCAGAGGACAUCGGGAGCUCAUGAGCCCCCAACAGCUGCCACCAACACGAGGGUUCACGAUGAGGAAAGAGCAAGAUUGAAUGAGGGGACAAAGAGCUCAACCACAGGCACGCGGAGGGUGACGAAAAGGAGGAGUAAUGCAGAAGAAAAGUUGGAAACUAGCAAGGUAAGAAGAAGCAGCAGGUUGCAAAAGCAAAACUAAAGGGAAUAACCUGUCAUGUCGAUUUCAGCAGCGAUGUUGAAAGGACUUAUUAACAGCAUGGCUUGUGUUUCAAUGUUUUGCGGUGAUGAUACAAAUUCCAAACUCACAUUGGGAGCUGAUCCGCUGCGUCAACAUGUUGUGCAGGGAAUGUAACUCACUUCCCUCAGACACUAGAAGUGCUUUGUCUUAACUCAAGUUAACUCUAGAUGAUUUCUUAAAAAUUAAACCCACCUAUUG